GUAACCCCCAAACCCACCCAAGGUGGGCUCCUGGACCCUGAGGGCGGACAAGGGACCUCUGCCAAUCAGCAACGAAGACUCUCCUCCUGGGGCAGGGGCUGAGUGACCCCGCCACCACUGGGACCACCCCACCUCCUUCUCCUACCUGUUUCUUGCAGCUGAGCAGCUCCCAACCUCACUUCAACCUCUCACCCAACUAAAGGCAGUAGCAGCAGCAGCAGCUGGUGUCCCUCGCAUUGUCCUGCUGGAAGCUGUGAAGGCCCAUCCCUGCCAGCGAUGCUGAUCCUGAGCUGUCCCUCCAAGCUGCGGCUGCUGGAGGGGAUGCUACGGCAGGGCCUGCCUGACAUGCUGCCGGUCUACGGCACGGUGAUGCAUGUGAACCGCGGGAACCCGGCUGGCCAGGAGGUGCUGGUGGAUUCAUGGCCAGAGUUCAAAAUGGUCCUCACCCGGCCAUGCAGAGAAGUGGCGCAGGACCCAAGUGAUUAUUUCACCAACUUGUACACGGCCUUUUACCGGGACGAGGGAGCCUGCCGGGCCCUGCUGGGGAACAGCCGCGCCGUGGACUGGGGCCAGGCCUUCCAGAUACUGGGGCUGCAGGACGGGGUACAUGAGAACAUCAGGGACAUCGCCAGGGCCAGGGGGCUUGAGAUGGAGACGCAUCCGCACCGGCUACUACUGCACCCAGACCCGCCUGCCAUGCCCCAGUACCGGCCUGAGAAGGGGCUCAGGCUGGCCCCCGUGUCCCCCGCCCACGCCAUGCUGCUCAGAGACACCUGGCCGUUUGGGGGGAACAGCUGGAGCUUGCGCUACCUGAGCCUCCUGAUCCGCCACUUCCCCAACGCCUGCCUGCUGGCCCCUGAGGGGACCCCCAUCUCCUGGUGCCUCACCGACCCGCUGGCUGCCCUGACACACGGUUACACCCUCCCGGAGCAUCGUGGCCAGCACCUCGUGAGGCCCGUGGUGGGGACGCUGGCAGCACAGUUGCAUGCCUGCAGCUUCCCUGUUUACGCCCGGGUGCGGCCCCACAAUGAACCUUCGCUGCACACCCUGCAACGCCUCGGCUUCCGCAUCCUGCCUGGGGUGUUCUACCUGCUGGUGGUGAGGCCUGGGUUCGCCCAGUCCCAGCCAGCCAGUGCCCUGGACUCGGCUCAGGACCCUGCGCCCAGCUCUGGGGAACGGCAACAUGCCCAACAGCACGUAGCACACGGGGAGGGGAGCGGAGGAGAAGAGGACACGGCCUAGGGCCCUGCACCCAGCUCUGGGGGACAGCCACGCUCUGCCAGCACAUAGCCCUGGGGGAGGGGAGGGGAUGGGGACAUGGCCCAGCCAUGCCCAGGGACCUCCUGCUCUGCUACCCCCCAUGAAGGGGACACACUGACCAGGCACCAGGGGAGCUCAGCUGUCAGCCCUUGGGAAGCCGGGGCCUGGUGGAGGAGACUCUCUCAUGCUCCAUUAUCCCCUGCAGCAGGGCAGAGGCUCAGUAGGGGGCGCUCUCCCCUGGCAGUAAGGGCUGGCCCCA